GCACAACAACGUCAGAAUACCCCAAGACAUGAUUCGUUUGGUCGCCCUUUCUCCACCCCCAUUUCACUGAGAUUAUCGUUCAAAUACACAUUGUUUUUCAGCAUACCGAAAUCCUUCAUUCGUUUCCUUCACACUGCUGUGCACUAUAGCAAAAUGGCACCUCGUGGCUUUACCAAUCCCGCCCCCAAAACCGAGUCUGCUCGCUCCGCUUUGAGCUCCUUUACCUGUACACUCUGCAACAAAUCCUAUUCGCGACAUCCCGAGUAUGAAGCACAUAUCUCUUCCUACGAUCACCAGCAUCGCAAACGCCUUCAAGACCUUAAACAACUCUCCCGAGACCCAAACGCUGCGGAGAAAGCUAGGCGAGCGGAAAGGAGGGCUGACGCAGAGGCUGGCCUAAGAGUCAUUGAUACAAAAGCCGGCGCAGCUGUGGGAACCGGGGGCGGGGGUGGCGGAGGUGGCGGAGGUUUCAAGAAAGGGGGGUUCAAAAGCUCCUUUACAACUGUCAAAGGUCCCGUCGCUCCGACAGCACCAACGAAGAAGAACGUACUUGGGGAUGAUGACGACGAAGAUGAAAUCCCAGAAACUACUAAUAUAAGCCAACAUGCUCAGACUACCCAAGACUCAAGUGAUCAUCCUGAUUAUGCAGAAAGUGACACGGAUGCUGAAUACGCGAGUGAUGCAAUGGGUAAUGCCUACUAUGAUCCCCUUAAGCCGACGGGCUGCUUCUCUGGUUGUGUCAGCACCAAACAUAUACCCAUAGGUGCUGCUGCGGUCAAGGGGUAGGUACAGUCGCCACGAAGAUCAUCGAAAAAGGGUUGGCGUUCUUAUUCGGACCAGGGAUUGUUUGCCCUUUUCUUUUUGUUGUUCUACUUCCUAUUUUUUUAGAACUUGCAAGGGCCGUAGGAUAAUCAUCUGUAGGUGCCAGGCGUACUACCUAGUAUGAAUACCUUGGAUGAUACUCAAAAGUACACGCUUUCGUACAAAGCUUUCGGAUACUCUUUAGGGAUCCGAUAGAAUUCCAGAUGCCACGA